CUCAUCCCCACACCUCCAAAACUUCGACUUCAACGAGCAGAUCGACUUCCUCCGGAAGAACCUCAUCAACCCCAUGAAGUGUCGCGACCUGUACAAAUCUGCCAAUAUUUCUCUCCCAAAAGGCAUUUAUUUCUAUGGCGUCGAAAUAAAGUCGCACGCCCUCGUCCUCGUCAAAGCCCUUGCGACCGAGUUGGGCAAAGAAUUCGGAGAUGGGAAGAAACCCCUCCGGAUUUUUAGACGGAUGGCGUCCGACGUCGUUUCAAAGUAUUCGACGGACAAGAGCGCAUAUUCUUUUGUGGAUCGACUCUUCUCCGUGGCGACGAAGAAUAAGCCGUCAAUCAUCUUUAUGGAGGAUUUGGACAAGUUUGGAGGAUUUUGUCAGUAUAAUAUUAUGACAAAUCACGACCUCGUCACAAAACUUGGCACCUGCAUGGACGCCCUAGUUCCCGGCGAGGUCUUCGUCAUCGCCACCAUCACCUCUAUGACGAACACCUUCGCACCCCUCAAUUCUGGGAAACGGUUCACAAAAUUUCUCUCGUUCCCGUCAAGCCUCUCCGUCAACGGGAUACUUGGCUGUCUUAAAAUGGAAACGGAGAAAUGGCAGAUUUCCACCACCACGGAAAAUUCCAGGGAGGAAAUUUUAGUCAAAGUUUCCGAACUCCUUUCCACUUCCGGUCUUUCCCUAAAAUGCGACGAUAUUACGACCCUUUGCCAGGAAAUUUAUCAGACCGCUAUCAACGAUCAAAUCCAAAGCAGCAGACCCCCAGUUGCUGAUUGCUGCAGUUGUUGCAAGUGUCCCCCAACCGCGCCAGAAUUUCCUACCUUGCCUCAAUGGGAGGCGGGACUUAAGGCAUUCACAAAAAUGAAGAAGGUCACUGCAGCGCCAGCCAGGCCGGGUGAGAACUCGGAUUUUACCGCGGCCACGGCGCGUUCCGAUUCGUCCAUGGAUUCCCUAAGCUUUACCAAGAUUGGCGGGCUUGCGGCGCAAAUUCAAAUUUUGACGGAGAACAUAAUCACGCCUUUGAAGAACCGCGAUAAAUUGAAAGAACUCGGAUGGGAUGUUGAACCCGUGCGGGGUUUCAUUUUCCACGGCCCGCCAGGAACGGGGAAAACGCUACUGGGGAAAACCUUGGCGGCAGAAUUAAGCCGUUUGAAUGAGAGCGGGAAUGGGAAAAAGUUUUCUUUCUUUUAUCACAAAGGGACCGACUGUUAUACGAAGUGGGUUGGCGACACGGAGGCUAAGUUGAGAUCGAUUUUUGCAAAUGCGGAGGCGAAGAAGCCGGCGAUAAUUUUUAUGGAUGAAAUCGAUGGGCUUUGCAGUGCGAGGGAUGAAAACGCCUCAAUCUCCAAAUUCUACAACGGCGUCGUCACCACCAUGCUCGGUCUGAUGGAUAAUCUCCCACGUGGGGAAGUUUUCGUCAUCGCGGCGACAAAUCGUCUCACCUGCCUCGACCCUGCUCUCCGUCGUCCCGGCCGAUUCGACAAAACCAUCGAAUUCCAGGCCCCAAAAUUGGAAGGACGAAAAUCCAUCCUGGAAAUCCACACGGCGUCGUGGGACGCAAAAUCCAAAAUGGAGGCCACCUUUGUCGACGAAAUCGCCGAAAUGACGGGCGGUUACACGGGCGCCGAUUUGGAGCAAGUUUGUCGACAAGCAUUCGUCUUCGCGAUGCGGCGACAUUCCUCAACUCAAAAUUCUCCGAAAACCGAAAAUGUUCCGAAAAAUAAGGAAUCCGAAACCGGAUCUGACUUUGACGGGUUAAUCGUCCAACGGCAAGAUUGGUACAGCGCGCUCAAGUCGGUCCGCCCAAGCGGGACGAAUCACUUUGGAAAUGCGGUCAUCACAGAUAAGCCAAUUCCCAACGGGGCCGCGGCCGCGUUGAAGGAGAAGCUGGAUGAGAUAACGGGUCGGUUGGGGUAUUUUCUCAAACCGGAAGAUGCGACCGUGGUGGGCGCAUCAUCAUCUUCGAAAUGUGGCGGGGGACUCAAUACCUUUUUGAUUUGGGGGAGUGAUGCGAAACAGCUUAAAGUAAUCGACAAUCUCCUAAUUCCGGCGCUCUUUUCCUCGCCCGCGUUCAGCCCCACGCUCGCCGCCAAAUUUGAAAUUCCUCCCCUCGGCGUUGGUCAGGAAGUCAUACAACGCCACGUUUCUUCCACGUUCAACCACGUGCUGAACCCUGGCGAGGGGAAAUUCGGAAUUUUAUACGUUCCUGGGAUCGAUCAGUUGUUGCAUGCGAGGAUUGGCAAGUUUUGGAAGAUGAAGGAACACGAACAGAUUUUGGACAGUUUUGAGAUGCUGAGAGGGGAACGAGUACUCCUCAUCGGGACUGCUACCGGAUCACCGGACCAGAUGAGUGAUCGGGUUCAAGUCCUGUUUAGAGGUCUUCAAAAUUCCCGCCACUACGAACUUCCUGCCCCCAACGUAACCGAAAUACGACAAGUAUUCUCCAACAUCUCAGCGAAAAUCCAACCCGCUACGUUUGAAAAAAUGAUAACAAAACUAGGUGGCGCCACACCUCAAAAUACGGCUGACCUUGUUGGGAACACUGUUACUCGAAAAAAUUUGACUUUAUACGACUUACUCGAUUUUGAGGGGGAAGUUGCCCAAAUUUUUACCCAAUAUGACUCGAAGUCUGACAAGGAUAAAACAGACGAGGAAAUCAAUACAGCUUUGGAGAAAGCUACAGAAGCAUUUUGCUCUUAUUUAGAUGGGCAAGAAAAAUACAAAUCGUCCCUUUCCAGCAUGUAUACUUGAGUAUACGACUUGUAAAUAUGUAAUACAUAUUCAUUUACUAGAUAAUUAAGUUUUAAUGCUUCUUACUCAAAUUAAAUUAUGGAUAAGGUAAUAUUGAAUUCACAAAAUUAAUACAGUUUUCCAAACGUUCAAAUUAAAUGUUAACACGGACAAGGUGUAAAAAAAUGUUUGUCCCGAGUUGACACUUGGUUUUACGCCGGCCAUGAUUUUAAAAUUUCAAAUAAAAAUAUUCAACCAUUCAAAAGUA